CUAUGGGACCUCGGACGGUCUAGAUAGCUGAGGCGGAUUCAGUUGGGUUGUUUGGCUGGGGGCUCCUUCAACCCAACAAAGCCCAGAGAAAGGACUACAACUUUUACCUUUCCUGCACACAGGGGAGAUCAUGGCAGGGCCCCCUGGCGUUAAAGGGCCUUUUCUGGUGUUGCUACUGCAGCUCGUCCUUAUUUGCUCGUCUCAAAGAAACAAUGGGACCCCUGGCCCUAUUGGACCUGCAGGUGUCCCAGGAAUUGAUGGCAUCGCUGGGGACAGGGGAGAAGAUGGCGAGGACGGUCUUCCUGGACCUGACGGAGAUGCAGGUAAACCCGGAUCAUCGGGAUUACCUGGAAUUCCUGGAAAUGAUGGUCUGACUGGCCCCAUUGGAGAUCCUGGGCCUGACGGUCCCCCCGGACAGAAAGGUGAACCUGGAAAACCUGGACCUCGUGGAACAGCUGGCGUUGGGCCAGAUGGACCCCCUGGACCACCGGGGCCUGGAGGACUUCUGGGUGAAGUGGGGAAAGGUGGACCACCUGGGGCCAUGGGUGUGAGAGGGCCACAGGGACCUCGUGGACCGACAGGGCCCAGGGGUGCAGCUGGAAUGCUCGGCAGUGCCGACCUGUGUCCAAACUCUUGUCCACCUGGGACCCCUGGACAUCCUGGUCUUCCUGGCAUGAAGGGCCACAAAGGAGUAAAGGGUGAAGCAGGAGAACCUGGAAAGCAAGGGCACAAGGGCGAGGAGGGAGACCAGGGAAGUCUGGGGGAGGUCGGAGCCCAAGGACCAACGGGCCCUCAGGGAAUUCGUGGAGCCACGGGAAUGAUGGGUCCCAAGGGAGAGAUGGGAGCUCGAGGUCUUGAUGGAGAUCCAGGUCCCCAGGGUGUCGCAGGGGCAACUGGGGAUCAAGGCCAGAGAGGCGUGAUGGGUGAGCCUGGGCCUAAAGGUGAAACGGGUGUUCAAGGGCCAAGAGGAAUCACAGGCCUUCCAGGUCCCAAAGGAGAGGCUGGUCUACCAGGUGUGGACGGUCGUGAGGGUAUUCCUGGUAUGCCAGGAGCAAAGGGAGGUAUUGGGAAGCCAGGCGUUCCUGGAGAAGUUGGACUUCAGGGGCUUCCUGGAUUGCCUGGUGCACCCGGACCAAAAGGCCUAGGUGGCCCAAAGGGAGAUGCAGGUCAGGCAGGCCUCCCCGGAACAAUAGGAUCCGCUGGCAAACCAGGUGAGCGUGGAGAACAGGGAGAGGUGGGACCUGUCGGACCUAUUGGUGAGCCUGGAGAUGUAGGGGAACAAGGCCCCGUAGGUCCAGCUGGCAAGCCAGGAGCCCGAGGACCCAAAGGUGACCCCGGCCUUCCUGGUCUUCCAGGUCCUCCUGGCUUGCCUGGAGUUAAAGGAGACAGGGGAGAACGUGGAGAAGCGGGACCCAAAGGAGAGCAAGGAGUACAAGGUGAUGAAGGAAAUCCUGGAGACAAAGGCGAUGUUGGUGAAGCAGGAGAACCUGGACCUAAGGGAGAAACUGGUAACCCUGGAGAACCUGGCAGGAGAGGUCCUGAGGGGAGUCGAGGGCAGCCUGGCAUUGAAGGGCCUCCUGGCACACCUGGACCACGGGGCAUGCAGGGAAACAGGGGUCCACCUGGAGUCAGAGGGACCCAGGGUCCUGCGGGUAAAGAGCCAAGUGAUCAGCACAUCAAACAAGUUUGCAUGCGAGUCAUGCAAGAACAACUGGCUCAGUUAGCUGCUAGUUUAAGGAGGCCAGAGUCUGGCAUAGCAGGCUUACCUGGAAAACCUGGACCUCCAGGACCUCCUGGACCUCCAGGAGAUAAUGGCUUCCCUGGGCAGGCUGGAGCAAGAGGGCUUCCAGGACUCAAAGGGCCACCAGGACAGAUAGGAGUGAAAGGACCCAAAGGUGAAAUGGGUGACAGAGGGUCCAGAGGGCCCACUGUACGGGGACCUAAAGGUCAGCCAGGACCUCCUGGACUUCCUGGGGAGCCAGGCAAACCUGGCUACGGUCAGGAUGGUCGGGACGGGCAGAGGGGACCUCCUGGCGUUCCUGGACAGCCCGGCGUUCCUGGGCCUCCUGGUGCAGCUGGUCCUGAUGGAUACUGUGACCCAUCAGCUUGCAACCUCCAGGCAGGGGCUGCCCACCAGUCUCUGGAUGUGAAGGGACCAACAGGGAACUAAGAGACACUCUGGCAGAGACAGAAAGACUGUUGGAUUAUCUCCCCUGAGCACACAACAUUUUUCACACUUUCUUCCCAGGGGCUGCGGUUGGCGUGCUGCCUUUGAUACAUUAACCCCUAGUCCUGCGAGCAUGUUUUGUGCCAGCCACAUCUCCAUCAGACAGAGCCAGUUUCUCUGAGAUGCAAAAUCACACAACACCUUAUUUUUUUAUGAACUGCAACAAUCUAGCUUGUUCCAUUGUGUUUUUCUACCUGAAAGAUGUUUUUAUAUAUCAAGGAUUCUGCUCGCAUUUCUAUGAUGAUAUGAAAUGACCAAAAAUGUUUGUUUAUCCCACUCUCCUUGUACUUCUGCCUGAAUUUUUCUAUUUAUGUUCUCAAUUUAUACUGUUUUACUUAAAUAAAAGCUCUUGUACUUCCUCACAGAACAUCUCAGAUAAUCAUCCAAAGCAAAUCAGGGUCUGAAUUUUACUUAACGUUAACGUGCCUGGUUGAGUUAUUGUGUUGUGUUAAUAUACCAAAGAUAAACCUGCAAAAACUCCCAUUUUCAGUACAAAUGUAUUUACAUGUCUGACUGCCUUUCCAGUUCUAAAUAAAAAGGAGAGAGGAUGAAGAUGUCAUCAAGUCACACUGACUUUAGUGUAUGUUGUAAAUCUGUAAAAAAAAAAAUGUUUGUUAUGUAGUUAAUUAUAUUUCCUACAAAACCACCUGAUGUGAGAUUGUGCCUCAUUGUACAGAAUGACAACAGAGUGCAGCUGUGCAUAUAUGGAAAUAUAUUUUAGGGAUGAUGGAAAUCCUCAUUAAUGUAACAAAUAAAUAAAAUCACACAUGCAGUGUUUAAUUUA